AUGGUAGAGAUGCUGCCAACUGUCGUUCUGCUGGUCUCAGCAGUGUCUGUGAUUGCCAAAGAUAAUGCCACGUGUGUUGGCCCCUGUGGGUUACGGUUCAGGCAAAACCCACAAGGGGGUUUCCGGAUUAUCGGAGGGCAGACUGCACAGCAUGGGGCCUGGCCCUGGAUGGUGAGCCUGCAGAUCAUAUCUCAUGACAGCCGCAGGUACCAUGCCUGUGGAGGCAGCUUGCUGAAUUCUCACUGGGUGCUUACAGCUGCUCACUGCUUCGAUAGCCAAAAAAAAGUCUAUGACUGGAGACUGAUAUUUGGAGCACAGGAAAUUGAAUAUGGAAGCAACAGACCAAUGAAAGAGCCUGUACAGGAGAGAUAUGUGCAGAAAAUCAUCAUCCAUGAAAAAUACAACGUUGUGACAGAGGGGAAUGACAUUGCUCUCUUGAAGAUCACUCCUCCUGUCACAUGUGGGCGCUUCAUUGGGCCAGGCUGUCUACCCCACUUUAAGGCUGGUCCUCCCAAAAUUCCUCAGACCUGCUAUGUGACUGGGUGGGGAUACACAAAAGAGAAGGUCCCCAGGCCAUCACCUGUUCUGAUGGAGGCACGCGUGAAUCUCAUCGACCUUGACCUGUGUAACUCAACCCAGUGGUACAAUGGGCGUGUCACAUCAACCAACGUGUGUGCAGGGUAUCCUGAAGGCAAGAUUGACACCUGCCAGUGGUGGGCCUCUCAUGUGCAGAGACAACGCUGA